AUGGCAAAGCUCCUUCGAUUCAGAACCCUUCCAUUUGCGCAGCCCUCUAAGCCAUUCUUGCUUUCCUCCCUUUCUUCAUCUUCUCACCCUCAUUCUUCUUCUACCGGCGAAGAAAUUCCCUGUCGCUCCAAAAAGAGCCAAUCUUUAUCUGCAAAUAUCAGGAACAGAUCCCUCUACUUCCUCAACGGCUGCAAGACCUCAGCCCACCUCUUUCAAAUCCAAGCCCAGUUAAUAACUUCAGGCCUCUUCCAAGACCCGUCAUUCUCCGGCCGUCUUUUGAAGCUCUCGUCGAGUAUAAUCGGCGAUGUGUGCUACACUGUCUUGAUUUUCAGGAGCAUUGACUUUCCCGAUUCGUUCUGUGUGAACACGGUUGUAAAGAGCUACUCUUGCUGCAAAAAUUAUGAAAAGGCAGUGGUUUUCUAUGUAGAGAUGCUGAGAGACGGUAGGUUUCGUCCCAAUUGCUUCACAUUCCCUCCAUUGAUCAGCGCUUGCUCGAAACUCGGCAGCUUGGGUUUGGGCCAGAUGUGCCAUGGCCACGCUUUGAAAUUCGGGGUCGACGGGGUUUUGCAGGUUCAGAACUCUUUGGUUCAUUUGUACUCUUGCUGUAGGCUCAUGGACGAUGUGCGUAUGAUGUUUGAUGAAAUGCUUACGAGAGACUCAGUCACGUGGAACACAAUUAUUGAUGGUUUUGCAAAAGUGGGUGAAAUGGGAUUAGCCCAUCAAGUGUUUGAUGCAAUGCCUGAUAAAAAUGUGGUUUCUUGGAAUAUUAUGAUGACGGGGUACAUGAACUUCCGGAACCCGGGCAAUGUCUUGAAGUUAUUCAGACAAAUGACGGUUGGGGGAUUUGUGGGUAAUGGUACAACCUUGGUGCAAGUGAUUGCGGCAUGUGGGAGGUCCAAUAGAUUAAAAGAGGGAAAAUCAGUUCACGGGCAUCUCGUUAAGGAAUUUCCUGGAUUUAAUUUGCUCAUAUCUACGGGCCUGGUUGAUAUGUAUAGCAAAUGUGGCAGGGUUGAUGCUGCUCGUGUAAUAUUCGAUAAAAUGCCGACCAAGUAUACAAUAUCUUGGAAUGCCAUGAUCUUGGGGCACUGCAUUCACGGCAAUCCAGAUGAGGGGCUGAGUUUAUACAAGCAAAUGGUGGAUACGAAGCAUAAAAAUGAGGUUGAGCCCGAUGAAGUCACUUUUAUCGGUGUUUUAUGCGCUUGUGCCCGUUUAGGAAUGUUGACAGAGGGAAAAUUAUACUUUUCUCAAAUGAUUGAUGUGUUUAGGUUGAAACCCAAUUUUGCGCAUUACUGGUGCAUGGCUAAUCUAAUGGCUAGAGUUGGUUUAGUGCACGAUGCCAUGAAUGUCAUGAUGAAUAUCCCGAGUGACGAUGAUGAUGAUGGUGUGGGUCGAGAAUACUCGUUAUGGGCAGCAUUACUUGGAUCGUGUCGGUUCUUGGGGGACGUGACUUCGAGUGAAAAGAUUGCUACAGCAUUGAUCGAGCGAGACCCACACAAUUAUUUAUAUUACAAUUUGCUGGUUAACGUUUACGCCUUGGCAGGUAAAUGGGAAGAGGUUGCUAGGACAAAGAAUGUCAUGAGAGAGAGGGGAAUUAGUAAAAUGCCUUGCUGUAAUCUCAAGGACUUGAAUGAAAUAGUUUGCAAUGUUAAAGUUGAAGAUGUUACUGAUUUGCGUACAAGUCUUUGA